AGAUAAGAUGAGAUAAGAUAAGAUAAGAUAAGAAUUUUUUGAUCCCACUGCAGGACAAUUUGUGAGUUACCACAGCUCAGGUACAGAUAGCAGGAUGAGCACUUCAAUACUCAUCUACAAGUACUUUAUAGGAAGUGACAGCAGACAGUGAUAACAGCAACCACUGUGUGCUGUGUGACUUUUAUGGACUAAAUAGAGGUUAAUGUUUACUAAAAUCACUUCAAAUAAAUGCCUGUGGAACAGAUGAAGAUCUUUGGUCAGGUGGCAGCAGCGGUCUGAGUCUCAUAGCAGACGUAUCCCGACACAUUCAGCUCAAGCUCAAGUUACCGCUCCCUCUCUCUCUCUCAUGUAUACGUGAGAAUAUUUACGUCAAAUGAAAACUGAAACUGUUAUACCAUGAGGGGUGGAGACAGGGGGAGAGAAGAGGCAGUAAUAGAGCAGACAGAGGAAAUCUCUCCAGUCUGGAUCACAGCAGGCACAUCAAGAUGCAGUGCCCUAGAGAACAGGAUGCUCUAAUCCCUCAGCCCCGUGGGAAUUUACCUAAGCUCUGUGCUGCGGUGCCAGUUGCCGUAACUAUAGGAUGCAUGCUUUUAUUCUCUCCUGAGAAGUUGCUUGGCUGGAUUGCCAUAGCAGUACUCAUGCUGACUGUUGGCCCUUUGCUACAUGGGCUCUGUCUGCUGGCAGAGGAGCUGAUAUAUCAUUCAAACACAAGAUAUCGAGGACAAGGGAUGCUGAGCCACAUGCUCCCUGCCUGUGGUUUGGGGGGCAAGACCCUGCUCGCUGCUGGUGUGGCAAGCCUAAUGCUGUACCUGGCUGGACAUCAUCUACCACACAAAGGCAACACCUGGGAACUCCUUGUCCUUGUGUUUGUCCUUUACCCACUGAUGAAAGUCUCUGGAGUCCUGGGUCCGUCGGAGGUGGAGGUGUCAGACAUCUGCGAGGGGAGGAAGAAGAACGUAGCCCACGGCCUGGCCUGGUCCUUCUACCUGGGAUACCUGCGACUGGUCCUGCCACAUUUGGAGCAGUCCAUCGCAGCGUUUUGUGCCACACACCAGUUAAACAACACCAGUUGGGGUCGUGGCUCCAGGAAGCUCCUCAUCCUCAUCCCUCUCAAUGCCAACAUUUCCCAUAAGCUGGAGGACGAGGAUGAAAACAUCCAAUUCUAUGACAACCUACCAAACAACGAGAUUGACAGGGCGGGAGUCCGGGGGCGGGUCUACAAGCACAGUGUGUACCGCAUAAUGGAUGAGAAUAGGAAGGUCCAUGAGUGUGUGGUGGAGUAUGCGACGCCUCUGCUGACGCUGUACAACAUGUCCCAGGAGAGCAGCGCUGGUUUUGGGGAGCCUGAGCGCAGACAGCAGGUUCUGCUCUUCUUCAGGACCCUGCAGGACAUCCUGGAGCAUUCGCUGGAGUGUCGCAACCGCUACAAACUCAUCCUGCUCAAUGAUGAGCAGGAUGACCCUCACUUCCUGUCCAAGGCCAUCCUCAGACACUUGGAGCAGCAGGAGAGAGAGGAGUUCUGUCUUACACCAAAUCCUCAACAAGAGAGGCCACACCCAUUUGUGGGCAAUGCAGAUACUAAUAAUGCUGAUGCUGAUGUGAUGAGCAGAGACCCGACGCUCAUGAUCAGCCUGGAGCAACCUCAGCCUCUGAGGGGCCCCAUGGAGGACACUUACCACGUCAGCAAACAAAGAUGAAGACAGGCUCUAUGGAGGACCAGAAGAGCCACGUGCAUCAAAAUAAAGAAUUUCAUGCUUCAAUAAUAAAUUUAUCCAAUUGAAUAUGCAUUUUUAAAUUCAUUUUUAUUCAUGGAAACAUUACUAAAAUAAUUUAUUAUUCAAUGAUUUAAUUAAAAAUAAAAACACUAUUUAUAAAUCAUUAUUUCAAAAUCCCAAAUUUAAUCUAUUUGCUAAUAAAAUAGGGAAUUCACGAGCUAACAGGAACGGGAAAAAUGCAGGGAGCAAAUGGAUUGGAAAAUGUCAGAAAUAAAUGUCUUAUUUAAAUUAUAUUUAAAAAAAGAUUUUGAAAAUCUGUUUUUUAAUUUGGAAUUUGAAAAUGGUUUUUGAAAUGAGGUUUUCACUGGGAGAUUUUAUUAAUUAUUUAUUAAAGGAUUCAUUUUGAAAUACUGAUUUUUAUUUUAAAUGAAAUUAUUACAUCAUAAAUUACUUUAGUAAUGUUUAAAUUACUAAAAACAAUUCUAAAAUGAAUUCCUAAAUGGAUUUCCUAAUGCAUAUUUUAUUGCACAUUCAUUACUGAAGCACAAAAUUCUUUAUUUCUUCGGGUCCUCCAUAAGGCUCCGCCUCCGUCACUGUGUGCCAACUCUGCAACAUGAUCAUUUGGUACAUUCCUACAGCGUAUAUCUUUAAAAUAGUGGAUUCAAUUUAUAGCUUUUUGGAGUUUCUUAUAUAGAUUUUUUUUUACAUUUUGUUUUGAAAGUACCUUUUGUGCAUUCAUAUUAUAGAAUAAUUCAAAUUCUCCAAGAAUUGGCACCAGCCUGUUGCGUGGCUAUCACACAGAGACAGACAACCAAUCACACUCAGGGGCUAAUUUGGACUCACCAGUCAAAGUGUCGUCUGUGGACUGUGGGAGGAGAGAGGGAGAACGUGCAAACCCGCACACAAAUCUUGCUGUGGAGCGACAGCGCUAACCUCCACCACCGUGCCACCCAAUGCAAAGACAAAUGGUGAUUAAAUGAUCAUUCAAAAUAAACCAGUCUGGCAUGAUUCAUUUAUUCCAGCUGUUAAAACUGUUAAUUAAAAUGUAUAAUUAGUAAUAAUUUGAAACAUGUUGAGAUAAUUAAAACAAUUAGCAUGUUCUCAAAUGUCAGACACUGAUAGUUAAUUAACUGUGAAUGAACACUGUUAAACAAUGAAUGUAAUAAUAAUCAAUGUACUACUAUUUACGGUUUUUAAUAAAGGUUUUUGUAAAGGUGCAAAUUAUGUCUGUAAAAUAAUAAAUCUGUAAACUUUAUUUGCUAUUAUCAAGUUAUUACGGUUAAACCGAUGUUUAUGAUUCCAGUUAAACGUGCGUGCGGCAUGAAUGUGGAUGAUGUUGCUGCAAGUCACAAGACUGAACCUGCAGGUUUUCUUCUUUUUUAUUUUACUGUUUAGUUUAGUUUUCUCGUUGUCUUUCCUUCUGCCUUUGCCGUCGGUUUAGCUUUGUUAAUGCAGGAAAGUUCUUGUUUAGUUAUUAUUGUGAAGUAAAAUUAGAGUUAAGUAAAAACUGGGAUUGUGACGGCCACACUCUAAAAGUCUGUAACUCCUAUGUAUUUUUAUUUUUUCAUCUGAACACAAUAACACACUUUAGUUUCCAAUAAGUUUAUUGAUUGAUUUGGAUACAUUUGUUCUAUUUGUAAUCACGCACAUUUACUUUACCUAUGUAUUCAUACCAGUUCAUUACUUUCUUUGAUUUUUGACCAACCUUUGCUUCUUCUGACUAACCUGCCAUGAUCCCUGGGAGAUGGCAGACAAAAGGUGGUGGUCAGGGUUUGAACACUUAAAUACAAAGAGGGAUAAUUGGACUGCACCACCACUUGCUGAAGGGGAGAAUGUGUAUUUCUUUAAUUAAAAAAAGCUUUUGUAUUUGAUUAGAUAUUUGAGUUUAGGGUUCAGUGGUUUUGAUUUUCUUCUUUGGUCUUUAGUUUAUUAACAAACUGUACUGCAUCGUUUUUGUGGUUUAUGAUUGUGUUUGUUUAAAUACCCCUCGUGUGUCAUAGUGGUCUGAUCAGCCAUUAUCUAUACCCCUGUGUGUCAUUUCCUGUUUAGGUCAGUUAUGUUUGUUUGGGCAGUCGUUUGGUUUGUGAAGGUUGCAGUUCUUUGCCUGAGUUUCUUUUGUUUUGUUUCUUUGACCUCUUUUAUCAGCUCAACAUUUAUUACUUUUGUAAAUAUAAUUUUUCGGGUUAAAUAAAUGGAAACCCUAUUUUUCUAAUA